CGUGCGUGAACUGCAGCAAGUAAGGGAUGCAUGCGAUGCACUGUCCAACUGACAGCCGCUGGUAUUCGAAAGCAAUGAGUCGUGUUUGAUAUUUGCUUAACUUUCUGUCGAGGCCCGCCCUUCUUUCCUAUUAUCCUUUAAUCACUACGUGGAAUUAAAUAGUGAUCUCUGAACGCCUAUAUCAGUUAGAUGACGGCGAUACGCCGUGUGUUAACAGGUCAUGGGGGCCUGUUUCGGCCGCUGCAUUUCCAAAGUUACAGACUCCUUGUCGUACAGGUUUUACCAAAGGCACACCAGUAUGUCCUUCCAAGGAGACGAACAAGUUGAGUUUAUAGAUGACAAAGGAGAUGUGGAUCAAUCUAGAGGAUCAAAAACCCUGUUAUCGUUUCUCUCCUUAAAUCGAUUCAAGAAAAAACAUGGAGUCCCUGUGACAUUAGAAUUAUUGGAAGAUGGGGGAUGGUCGAAGGGUACUAAAAAAUAUGCCAGAUUACAUUCUAGGAAUAAUGCUUCAACAAGUUCUGGGCUUGAUACUCCACUUCAACUUCUUGAUGCAAGAACAUUAAUGAAACAACAAGCAUGCGUUUCUUCUACUCCUGGGUCCUCUUUGGACUUAGAAUGGGAGCACGAAGGUUUACCUCUACCAGUUAUGGAGGAUGAAAACGUCGAAAGUAACGACGGUUCUAUAACUCAAACAUCAGUUCACAAUAGUCAACCCUCUAGCUUGACAGCAUCUCCUUGGUCUAGAGUGUCCACACCAAAUAGUUUAGAAUGGGAUCCGGUAGAAGCGGAUAUGGUAUGUGUUGAUUUAGAGACUGAGCAGCUUUUGACUGAAAUAGAAAGAUUAACGGACAGAGCGUUAAAAGAGACAGGCGAAUGGACUAGUACUAGCUGAUAAAUAAUGUAAUUACAAUUACACAGGAUUGUUUGUAUUUUUGUAUUAUAGAAAAAGGGUACAUAAUGGAAUUUAAAAGAAAAAGAAAUACGGAACACUUUUAGAAAGUGAAAAGAGGAUUUUACUGUUUCACUAUUUAGUAUUGGAAUAAUAUAAAAAUAUAUUUGUAUUGUUUCAAAAGACAUACAUAUACUUGUAUAAUUCAAUAUAAUUAAGACAAAAUUUUAAUUGAAAGGUAUCGUAUGGGGAAUACCUUUUACAAGUUUAUUAACAAGUGAAGACAAUGCCAAUGAUUCAAUUGAGAUAACAUUUUUUAUAUUAUUGCAUAUGUACAUAGGUAUUACACACUCGAACAUUCUAAGUAUGAUGCAUUCAUUUACGUCCUCUUCUUUUUCUUACUGUGCAAUAAUUGUAUUUUCACAAGGAGUUUUACUACUAUUACAGUUUUUAUUCUUAUUUUAUAUGACUUCCGCGGGACAAUAACUUUCUUCCUGUUAACAAUUUUCACGUUUUCCUAUAUUAAUUUUAAUAAUCGUCUAUACCUCUUUCUAUAGAUGCAAGUUUUACAUUUGAAAUUUCUGUAUUGUGAACGACACUGAUCUCAUCUUUGUUUUGUACAAACAUUGUCGUCUAGUAUCAUAACACAUCGCUUCAAUCGUUUGAAGCAUGCAUAGCUGAAGAGGUCGUGACAGUUUCUUUUAUUUUUCUUUAUUGAGCAAAUUUCCUGUGGAAAUAGUAAAGAGAAAUUAAAUUUCGUGCUUCAAACGGUUAAGGAAUGCAUAUCAUGUAUGCAAUGAUAUAAAUCUCUACGUUUGACGAAAUUUGUAAUUCAUGAUUUGAAUUAGAUAGGAAAAAGGGGAAUGGAAUAAAAAGGCAGAAAUGAAAAUUAAAAUGCAUCAGGUGCUAUCAAUGCAAUAUAUUUUUUGCGGUCGAAAUUAAAAGCGGCUUAUUCCGGGAACGAUUUAUUUCGGAGCGUAGUAUAUCUUAAAUUAACCAUAUUUUAUACAAGAUAAAGGCUACCUUACAGUCCUUUAAAUAGUCUAGUCACAGUGAAAUCUCGUGAGUUUGUGGAAGAUUGGAAUGUAAGAAAGAGUACGGCGGUGCUGAUGGAAUAUUAAUGUUGAUACGUGUUUGUGUGUACAAAACCUGUUUCUACUGUGGUUAAAUUAUUACAAAUAAUUAGGUUACAAUCUUAGAUAGACCGUCGAUCAUUGAGGUGAAAGAACUUUAAAGACCGAAACGUAGGCUGCCUUACAAUCAGGGAUCGUAACCGUUGUUCAUUUCAAAUCGAAAGCCAAGUAACUCAUUUCCCAAAUGUAAAAGAUACGACUUCUAUUCUGAGUCAAUGCUAUGCCACUAAUUCAGUUAUUAUCUUCCUUCAUGGGAAUCACGAUUAAUUGCUAUCGUUCGUUUCUUCUUGGUCACCGUCUUCGAGCAUUUAUCUAAUGUGACUUACGGUUAAGAUCCCUGUUUACAAUAGUUAAAAGAAAAAAAAGAUAUAAAACUUGUAAUUGUUAAACACGCCACGUUAAAUCUUGAUUGCAUCGUAUUUGGGAGUAUGCUGCGUUAUAAUUGCGUAAUUAAAUUUAAGAUAUUCAGCUUAUGACUAAUUUAUGAACGAAUCAAAAUAUAUGCAACAAUAGCGCGAUUUGUAGCGGACGUUAAUGGUAUUGAGAAUAAUGGUAAUGCGAUGCAUUAUGCUAAUAAUACAGUGCCAUGACUGUGUUUGCGUUCAUUAGAUUCCGUCUCUCAUAAUUAGCUUACUUUACACCCGGUCGUUUCCGUGCAAUCGUUUAUCAAGUUACCAAAAACGAAACGUUUCACUUGAAUUGCAUAAUAAACGCACAGGAAUGUUAUUUGUGCAAAAUGUAUGUGGCUUAACAUAGAAUACCUAAGUUGUUAAUCAUUAAGUCUGCAAUGUGUCUCAAGUGAAUAACGUCGAAGGUACUGUUCAUUAUUGAAGGGAUUGAAAAGGUGCUUACAACAACAUAAAAGAAUAAAUAUAUUAACGCUUGCAGUCUGUUUUUAUGUAUUGAAGUUAAAAUGAUAAACGCGAUAUUUAUAUUAGAGUUGAUACGUUGAUGAUUCUAAUAUUAUCUAAACAGAAUUGGAAUUUAUCGAAUUCCCUUUUAAAAUGUCGUUUAUGCAUUUUAAUUUAGAAGAAGGAAAAAAAAGGAAAUGCAUCUUCACAGUUAUUUUCAAUAAGUUGCCUAGAAAACAUUUAAGUUAAUUAUAGUAUUUCCUCAGUCAGUAUUCAUACCAAAAAAUAUGUUUGCUUUUCCAAAAUUUUACGUGCUCUAAGAUAAUAGGGACCAAAAAAGUGUUUUCAGUAUUAAGUCUCGUCGUGGCUAUUACUUUGUACCAUAAUAUUACUUUUGUGUGGGUUGCAUUUAUGUGUACUACUUCGCUUGAUUCACCAGAUAUUUUUAAUUAAGUUCGGUACGCGAUUGCUACUGUACGAAUAAGUAAAUUGUAAGGAUAAUUUUAAGUUAUCGUGUCGACCUUGAAAUUGUAAACAAAAUUUAUCAUUGUUGGCUUUAAGAAUGUCUUUAUCUGCGCCUAGUAUUAGUGAUCUAAAUGAUAUUGUUUAUAUUUUAUGAACGGACAUUUCAUUGUCACUGUGAGUUCACGAUGUGUGAAAGAAACAAAUAACAUUAUGCAUCAUUUGCUUUAUGCAUUAAAUACACUUAUUACCAUUGUAUCAGUAUUUUAUUUAGCUACAAUUUUUGUGU